GUGGUUUGGAGAUAAGAGUCUCACAGACUUUCCUGCCCAGGCUGGCUUCAAACUACAGCCCUUAGAUCUCAGCUUUCUGAGUAGCUAGGAUUACAGGCGUGAGCCACCAGCACCUGGCUUUUGUUCCAUUUUUGAGGAAGGAUUUCUGAAGCAUAUUUGUGAUUUUGGAGGCCUGGAGUAUCAAUUUGGACUCCACACAGCAACAAAGCCAUUUGUCUGAAGCACACAUAGGCUAGCUUAUUAUUAAUGUUUCCUUGCUGUUCAUGUACUGCUUACUUUCUCUAGGAAUCCAUACUUUCUGUAAAACGCUGCCCAGCCAGCGUUGUUAGGACUUUAAUAUGUUAUUUGUUUCUUGGUUUCAGGAAUUGAGCUGUUCUCAUAUUUACUAGGCAAACAGCUCUGCAGUUUCAGCCAUGCUCCUUUGUGUCACUAUCCUCUAUUCACUGCCAACUCCAGACAUUGUAUUGGGCUUCCACCACUGAUACAUGGAGAGGAUAUGGCCUGGUGGUAGCCUAGGGUUUGUCUUCUGAACUGAAGGUUCCUUUCCUGCAGGUGACCUUCACUGCCCAACGCCAUGCACACACUUGUAUUCCUGAGCACACGCCAGGUGCUUCAAUGCCAGCGAGCUGCCUGCCAGGCUCUGCCCCUGCUUCCCAGAGAGCUUUUCCCCCUGCUGUUUAAGGUGGCCUUCAUGGACAAGAAGACACUUGUACUGCGUGAGCUGGUGCACACAUGGCCCUUCCCACUACUUAGCUUCCAGAAGCUGCUGCAGGAGUGUACCCACUGCAGCCGUACCCUGCUGCAGGAACGACCCAGCACAGAGAGCAUGCAGGCUGUGAUCCUGGGGCUGACUGCCCGCCUCCACACUCCAGAAGCUGGGACUGGCACACAGUCCCUCUGCAGGAAGCACACCUUGAGGGUUCUGGAUAUGACUGGUCUCCUGGAUGAUGGUGUGGAGCAAGAUCCUGCUACUAUGAGCAUGUGGGACUGCACAGCAGCUGUGGCCCGCACAUGUAUCGCCCAGCACCAGGGUGGGCCUUCUGAGGCAGGGCUAGCUCCUGUCCCUGUGGAGGUUCAUGUGGACCUUCGUGUGAACCGAGCCUCCUACACCUUUCUGCAUGAGGCACUCCAAAGCAGUGUGGACAGCCCACUGCGGCUCUGCUGCCGGGAUCUCCGAGCUGAGGACCUGCCUAUGCGCAACACUGUGGCUCUACUGCAGCUUCUGGAUGCGGGCUGCCUGCGCCGUGUAGACUUGCGCUUCAAUAACCUGGGCCUGCGUGGCCUGUCUGUCAUCAUCCCACACGUGGCCCGCUUCCAGCACCUGGCUAGUCUUAGACUGCAUUAUGUACAUGGGGACUCAAGACAGCCCUCUGUGGAUGGCGAAGACAACUUCCGCUAUGUCCUGGCUCAAAUGGGCCGGUUCACUUCUUUGCGAGAGCUCAGCAUUGGCUCUUCUCUCCUUUCAGGCAAGCUGGACCAGUUGCUCAGUACCCUGCAGAGCCCCCUGGAGAGCCUGGAGCUGGCCUUCUGUGCUUUGCUGCCUGAAGACCUACACUUCCUAGCACAGAGUUCCCAUGCUGCCCACCUUAAGAAGCUGGAUCUGAGUGGUAAUGAUCUGUCAGGCAGCCAGCUGGUGCCCUUUCAGGGUUUGUUGCAGGCAGCAGCAGCCACACUGCUGCAUCUUGAGCUGACCGAAUGCCAGUUUGCUGAUGCCCAGCUGCUGGCCAUGUUGCCCGCCUUGACACGCUGUGCUAAUCUCCGCUACCUUGGUCUCUAUGGAAACCCACUGUCCAUGGCAGGCCUCAAGGGUCUGCUACGGGACUCAGUGGUGCAGACUGAGCUGCGUACUGUAGUGCAUCCCUUCCCUGUGGACUGCUAUGAGGACCUGCCUUGGCCACCACCUGCAUCUGUCCUGCUAGAGGCUUCCAUCAAUGAGGAGAAGUUUGCCCGUGUGGAAGCUGAAUUGCAGCAGCUGCUGCUGGCCUCAGGCCGUGCCCAUAUCCUCUGGACCACAGACAUCUAUGGGCGCUUGGCUGCAGAUUAUUUCAGCCUGUGAUCUCCAAGUUCUGGGUGAGACAGGCCUUUCAGACCCUUUGUUUGCUAGGAUUCUGUGAGAGGCCUGACUCAAAGGCACUUGUUUCAGGUUUCCUUCAGGGUCUGCUAUACUUUAAUGUCGGAACCUUAAGCCUGCUCUCUUUCCUGCAGUGCCCUGCACCAGCUUCUUAACUGGCUGUGUUCCUUCUGGUUAGAUUUUAGGCCUGCACUCCUCUGCUUUGUAUGGCUGCAUUUGGCUGCUCUCCAGGGCCCUUUUCCCUGCAGAUGUUUGCGGAAUCCCAGGGGCGAGUGGAGAGGCGGUGGUCUCUGGGCUGUGCUCAGUGUUCCAGGGUUGAUGUUCGGAUGGGAAUCCCUUUAGGGUGGCUUAGGGCCUUCCUGAAGUUAUGGGGCCUUGAACUAUGUUCGUUGCUCUGGCACCCAAGCGAUCCUAUUGGCCGGUUUUGGGACGAGAAGGUCCUCCAGGUACGAAUGUUCAGCGUCUUUGGGACGCCAAUCUAUGGCUUUUAUUUUUCCCUCUAGCUGGCCUCAGUGAUUCUACCCCCCUCAACCACCCCAGGAAGGCCACAGCUCAACCCUGCUGUCCCCACUCUGAGAAACUCCUUUAGGGGUUGGGGACCCCAAAGGGCGGUGGAGCCCACCCAUGGGGUUUGAGAGCCUCUCUGGCCUCUGCCCUCCCAGCCCCAGCACUCCCAAAUGAGGCGCCCAAACACACGGCUCUAUGCACAAGAGCACCUUCCACCUUUACUGAGGCGGUUGGGC